GUUGGCUGUUAUGUCUUCAAAGUUCAAACACGGUUGAAAUAUAUCUGUGACAACCGCACUGGCCACCUCCAUAAUAUUCAAGACAUCCAAGUUGUAUUCCUGGGGAAAAAGAAUGAUAGCAAUAAUAGAAAACAAUGUCCGACCAAGCCGAACUGGGAAGAGCAGCUCCUGUCUAUGAAGUCCCCCCUCGGCAUAUCGUCAGUGUCGAACAUCCAGCCAUCAUCAAGAAUGUCGACAAAGCCAUCGAAACGCUACAAGGGGAUGCAGGCAUCGCCAAGAUCCUGAACCCCCCUAAGGCUGAUGCCCCAGCCCACCUCACCCUCCGUCCAGAGGAUGCUCUAGCAAGACCUGUCCAGUCCACCAGUAGCUCUGCGAACAACAUCCUGUUGAAAGUAACCGUCCCCAAGCGGACGGGACGCAGGAGAAAGAAGGGUUCAAAUGACCCCUUCACGGAACCUCACGCUGUUGCUGCUGGCCAUUCAGUGCCUUCACGACGGGCAGCUCAUGAUCUGUUGCGUAGCCUACGUGAUAAUGUCGGCAAAUACCAGGUUGAGGCAGUGGGGAGGGUCGAUAGGACUCACGUCUUUCGUGGGAUGCCGGAUUUUGUCUUUUCGACAACGGCUAGCUCGUUCACCAAUCGUUUUCGCGAGCAGAUUCUUUCCUAUGACUACGACAAGAUGAAACGAUUCGACCUCGACAUGACCAGAGGGGCGACGUCAGACGUCGACAUAAUUCCACCUCCAUCCUUCAGUCGUGGGGAUUACCCCUUUGGAUACAUUUAUCGGCAAAACCCAACCGUCAAACAAUCCAUCGACACAACCGGCAAGAUCACAACAGUCAAUACCCAACAAGCCACCAAGAUCCUCACAUACAUGGUCGACAACGACGCCUCAUCUAUCCCCAUGAAACACAGCGAUGAUCUCCCCAAAAUCGAAACGUUGGACAAAACUCUCCGAGAGACCAUUACAGUCCUCCAGUCCCUCUUCGCGGAAAGACCCGCCUGGACGAGAAGAGCCCUCCGCAACCAGUUGAAAACAGCAGAGCAGCGCAGCGCUCUCCGCCAUGCAAUCCCGUACACAGGAUAUAUCUUCCGCGCCGGGCCAUGGAGAGACGCAAUUGUCCGAUUCGGUCACGAUCCCCGCACAUCCCCAGAGUCCCGCAAAUACCAAACACUAAUGUUCAAGAUCCUCCCCCGAGAACCAGAAGUUGCUCGCGACGGCGGAGGAAAGAGAUACACAUUCCCCAGAUCAGAGAAAGCAUUCGGAACCACCACCGCCGCCGACCCCUCAACGACCAUAUCAGAUAACAUAACUAGUGUCAACUCCCACAUCUUCACGGGACGUCCCCCACUUCCUCGAGACGGGAAACUCUGGAUGCUAUGCGACAUUACAGAUCCGCAGCUCUCCCAUGUUCUAUUCCCUGAAAGAAACAGCAAUAACAUCACCGACUUUCUCCGUCCAACAUGCGAACUCCUCUCAGAUGGAUGGUACCAUUCCGGAACCCUCGCGAAAGUGCGAACAGUCAUGCGGGCUAAAAUCCAAGUACUAAUCGAAGACAAAACGCCCCAUGAAGAGGACUAUGAGCGGGUCCUUACUCUCCCUGACCAUGUGGAUCUGAACGAUACAAAUCUGGUGGCAUUCUCAUUGGACCCGGAUGUGGCUAGUCAGCGGGAUACACAGCUGGCGACGGAGGUGCGGUCUACGAUCAAAAGUUUGCCGAGUUGGAAGGCGGCGGUGGAGAGGGGGAGGGGGGACAAAGAGAAACGGGUUCAGUGGACUGGGGUCGUGGCGGAGGCUGAAGCUGAAAGUGAAGGGGAGGAGGAAGAGAUUGAGCGUCGGGAAUUGUUGGAGGCGCAGGUUGCUGCUGCUGUUGCGGCGAGGGAGCAGGUGGGGGAGGAUGAAGAUGAAGACGAUGACAACGAGAAUGAGAAUGAAGGUGAUGAGGACGACGAGGAUAUUCUUAUGGAUUAGGAUUGCCGUGAGCACGCAGCCUGUUACCAUAUCCAAAAGAAAUGAAUACCGACAGUUCCACUAGCCAGUAACUACUACGACUCGAUCCAAAAAGCCAACCAAACGAACAGUUUUCCAAUAAACCAACACAAGGAACCAAUGCUUUCCAAGCUUAAGGAACGAAGCCCAGAAAACUCGUAUGUACAUAAAAUCGUAUCCCACAGGUACUGAAAUGGGCAUUGGCAUUGAUACUGACAGACAUCACGGAUCCAUCCACUCAUUAGGCAAAAAAAAGAGCAUCGCUAUGCACAUACUGCAAACCAAUACGGACGCAACCAGUGCAGAAGAACGACAAAUUGACAAUUGAGGCCGUCGGAGGGGGAAACUGAAAGCUGAAACUAGCAGAGACAAGCGACUUGCAGCGUGAUCAACAUUUCACGCGAUAGCAGGUAGGUAAUGGGAGUCAGCAUGAACAAAGUGUGGACCGUACAAUGCAACAGAUAAGGGAACGGGGCAAAGAGAACGAAACGUGCAGGUACUCGACAAUAAACCGGCCAUAACGGAGAAUGCAAAAAAAAAGUAAAAAAGUAAAAAAAUAAAAUAAAAAGAAACGGGUAUCCAGUUAAAAGAAAACCUAAUGCAAUCACCGUCUUGAAUAGAGCUGCGAACGCCAACUGAGCCGUGCGCCAGUCGCUCACCAUAAGGACCAGAGUCUAUCAGCCAGCCUCAGUGUACACCGUACCUAAGACAUCACACGUCUCAGACAUGCAGGUAUCUGACAAUGAUUCCCAUGGAUCUUGUAUACCUCAGUGGCCCGGAAAUGGAGAUGGGAAAUUCGAAAUAAAAAAAGGAUCAAUCCAGAGCACCACGGAACGCCACUGCUUUAACCUAACAAGACCAUCCUUAACGCCAUCACUUAACCACUGAUAACAGGGAAUAGAGGAACAGAGAAACCGAAGUUUUGAAACUAGGAGGUAGUACUUUGGGUGGUUGCAGGAUGUAUCUCGGUGUCCGAUGCACCGUCUUCCAGAAUUUCGAACUGGGCGUUAGAGGACUUAGCCGGCUUGGCAGCAUUCUUCGCAGAUGCAGUGGUCUCUAGCAGAGACACAAUAGAGGGGACAGCCGACUGUUCGGCUCUGGGAACAAACUGGGAAGCUGAGGUUUGGAGAGGAGCAGGGGCAGGCUUCUUCAUCCCAACCGCCUUUUCGGAGUCAUCAUGGAUAAUCACACAAGAAAAGGCAUUGCAGCCAGCACCGUAAAAGUCGGCAGCGUUGAGCUCGGCCAAGGGGGAUCGGUCUUCCAUCAUAUCCCUCUUGUGAGCACCAGCAGCUGCGCCGGUCUGCUCACGGGCCCUAGGAAGGUCAAUGCCCACUUCCUGUGGCGGGACAUUCUCCUUGCCACGGCUUUCCCGCUUUUGCUUGCCCUCAUCGUCACUGAUGUCGAGAACGCAAGUUGAGUGCUGCACGAGAUUAGUCAUCUCAUCUUGUUCCGAGUCAACGUGGAUCUCAAAGAACCACGACGCCGGAGCAGAGGGAGCCCUUGUCGCCUGCUUGCCAUUAGACAAGGCUGUCGCAAUGGAAAAUGGACGGAUCACGCUUCUCUUAGUGCGUAGCUGGGGACGAGCCUUGGUGAUGGGCGAACGACGAGUGGAGAUCUUGCAGGACUUGACCUUGGGGGAGCGACCAGCAGGUUUCAGGGUAUGACGUGGUUUUGCAGGGGUCGAGGGCGUCUUGUAUACAGCAUGUUUGGACUCGGUGAGCGGCAAGGUGGUUAGUCGAUAGGUUUUGGGCGAUUCUUUCGAUCCUUUCAUAGAAAGCUCAUCCUCAUCCGAGCCACGCUUCCGCUUCAUUGAAGGUUUAUUAAGAGUAGCGGGAUCCACGUUCUCAAUAUCCCCCGCUGCCGUUUGGGUCCUCCAUGACUUCGCGCAGCCUGUUAGAACGGAAUAUGAUGUUAGAAUGCAAUUUAACAUCAAAAUGCGCCGAAGACAGACAGGCUAGGCCCAGAGAUAGCAAAGAACGCGUACCAUUCUGUUCGUUCCUCUGGUUCAUUUUCGCCGUCAACAGCGACAUACGCGUGCGGUCGAGACUGGCAAACGGCCGACGGACGGUGGGAGACAUGGUGAGAGUGGCCAUGGAUAUAUCUCACUGGGUAGUAGACAGGGCUCUGGUUGCUUCUGGGGAUUGCUGAGAAGGAGGAAGGCAGAACGCGUCGAGCGAGAAAGGCAAGCCGAAGUGACACGAAACAGGAAUAUUCACCUGUGGGGUCGAUCGACGGAACUGGCGGUCUAGCGAUUGAUAGUGUAUAGCUAGGUAGUAUCGCUUUGGUGUUGAUGAUAGUAGAUACCAUCCACUCCUGAGGCAAUAACAAGCAAGCCGUGAGUCAUUAAAUGCAAAUGCAAAUGCGAGCAGACAACGCGACGGUGACUGGAGUAUGCAACUGGGAUGUCACGACACCAGCAGCGACAGAUGUAGAAGAGACAGAGAACAAGGCAGAGACAACCCAGCCAGACAAUGAACGGCACUUUUAUCGACCCAGAAAGGCCUUGUGUCUC